GUACAAAUUGCAUCUAGCGCAAGCGUUUGCAUUCUGUCAAAUUGGAUUUUCUUGUGAAAUUACUUUGAGUUUUUUUUCUGCUUACUGACACUGUUUGCAAGUGAAAGAAAUCGAAUACAAUCUCUACACCUGAUAUAAAUGUACAAACGUAUUUGCAUGAAUGUAUUCAAAAUCAAACCAAUACAAAGCAACAUCCCUUCAAUACAACUGAAUCGGAACAUGUCGUCGAAUACAAGAGGUCCCAUCGAAAAGGCAAUCACAGAAGCAAUAAUGGCCAAACUGGAGCCCAUUCAUCUCGAAGUAGUCAAUGAAUCCUACAUGCAUAAUGUUCCAAAACACGCCGAAACACACUUCAAAGUGCUCGUUGUGUCCGCAAAAUUUGAAUCCUUGCCAUUGAUCAAGAGGCAUCGGCUGGUUAAUGAAAUUGUUAAGGAAAAACUGGAAGGCGAUUUUGUGCAUGCAUUGUCAAUUGAAACCAAAAGCCCAGCACAGUGGAACGAAAACUUUAAAUUGGAGCCCAGUCCAAACUGUAAGGGUGGCUUUGGAAAAUAACCCUGGAACGCAAAUCAUCCAUUGAAACAAUCAGAAAGACACACGUUUUGAUCAAUGAACGCGACAAUUGUUUUGCCUUUUUCGAUAGAAUAUUUUUUAGACAUAAUUCCUUGCUGUAAUCGAAUUAGAUUAGUAGUUUGUGGUCGUUUAAAAUGUUUAAUUUUACGCAACAAGUCUUUACGUUCAAAAGUGGAGUAAAGAAAAGAAACAAUAAAAAUAAUUAUG